AUGGAGAGCUGGACCGACUACUGCACGUCGCACUUCUACGCGAUGAAAGCCCGACCAGUGUCAGCUUUCGAUCCGUCGGGCUUCCUCAUCAUCAUCUCGUUCUCUCUGCUCUUCGUGGGCGUUGUCGCCGCCACGACGCGGGCGCUCGUCUCUCGCCAUGGGCUCGUGCUGCGCUCGCGCGUGGAGAAGAACCUGCAGGACAUGUCGCUCUACGUCUCGGACCAGCGCAACCGCGUGGGCGAGAACUUGCAGUACAUCAAAGGCCGCGCGAUCGACCACUCGGGGCGCCAGGGCUUCAUCGCGGAGAUGCUGAGCUACGCGUACCUCUCGCGGCUGGCCUUCUCGCUCUCGAUCUUUGCGAUUGCCUCGUACCUGAAUACGUUGGCUGCUGUGAUUGCCGGCUGGCGCACGCCGAAUGUAGUGAUCAUGGACCUCACGAAGGAACGCACGGAUCUCAAGACCCUUCCAGAUCUAGGGCACGACCUCUUUAAAUUUGUCAUGACAAAGAUCUACGGCCAGACGACGUAUAUUGAGUGGUUCGACCUGCCGGACGAGUUCCUUGCAGCCGUUGGCACGCUCACCUCGCUAAUCUUCAUUCUGCAUCCGCGGCGCUUGUUGAUCAUACGUCGUUUCUGCUUCAUCUUUGCGAUCAUCAACCUCAUGCGAGCUUGCUGCGUGGCGGUGACGUCGCUGCCAGACGCCAGUCCCAUGUGCAUUUCCCAGUUCGACACGGAUCGCGGAAACUACAAGUCUCUCCCUAUCUUCCCAAAAGCUUUCUUUCGCGCGUGGAAGGUGCUGAUCCGCCCGUCACAGCACAUUACGUGUGGUGACAUGAUCUUUAGCGGCCACGCUGUCUUUCUGAUCCUCUGUUGCAUGUUCGCCGGAACGUACUGUGUCCGCUCGGAGUUGAACACACCAUUCACUCGACGCUUCCCGUGCGUAUUGUGGAUGAUUCGCUACUACACGUAUGUCAUGUCGGCUUUUGGUAUCUUUGCUAUCGUGGGCACGCGUUUGCAUUACACUCUCGAUGUCCUCAUCGCUAUCUACAUCACUAUGCAAGUCUGGCUCACGUACCAUUGGCUCAUGAAGCACUCGGAGAAGACGUUUGCGCUCAUCAGCUGGCUCGAGCACGCAGAAGUGCACUUGGUCGACCAAAACGCUUAUCACAAGGCACGGCGGUCUGGCAGCCAGAGUGGCCGUGUCGAUAAGAUCGACUAG